AUGGCAAACAUUAAAAUUGUAAAAAACACCACUGAUGAAAUUCUGCCAAAUUUUGUUAAACAAGAUGAAGUUAAAAUCAAAAAUUUUUUUUACGUCAGACCAGAAUUAAAAGAAGCAUCUGAAAAACUUGGUUUAAAUGUUGAAUUUAUUUCUGAAAAAAAUCAAUAUAAAGUUUCACCAUCAAAAAAAAUAAUUAAUGAAAUAUUAAAACAUUUUAA